AUGUCUUUCGUCGAUGCCAUUGGCGUCAUCUCUGGCCUCCUAACCAUCGUCUCGUUUGGUAUGGAUAAUUUCGGAAGUGACGAAACCUCUGGUUCAACCAUCAAGGUUGCUGUGGCUCUUGAUGGCCCCAACGGGCCAACAAAUGCCGGAGGCGAUAUUCCUGACGUUCGAGUGUGGAACGACGUCGGAGACUUCGUCGGCAUGACAGCCGACCCCGGUUCCGUCGGUAACGGAAACCUAGGUGAAGUCAAGGUUGAGCACGAGAACCAGGGUGUGUACUCCCUGUUCUCGGCCAACGACGACGCCAUCUGCGUUGCGUGGGUAACCACAACCUGGAGCGACGACCGUGGAGGCAACAAGUACGCCGUGUCUGGUGACUAUGGCGAGGCCUGUGGAGGUUCAUGGUACGACAGCCACAUGUAUCCGAACGCCGAUGAGGACUACCAGCCCAAGUGCUUCUGGAUCGACAAGAACGGCGACCAGCCCAAGACCGGAUUCCAGGUCCGCUGGCCUGCGUUUUCGAAAGACCAGCAGGAUGACAACAACAGAGACCCGCAGAGAAUGUGCAACGAUAUCGACUUCGGACUCCGGGAGGAGGAAGAUCCCAACACCAUCAACUACUACGUCAAGAGGAAGCGUAGCAAACCCCUGCGUGCUCGCCAGUCCAUGGCUCGGCCUACGUGGGCGGAGUCCGAGCUCGUCGUUAGCGACUCCAAGCACCACUCAGCCAAGAGACUAUGUGAAUCUGAUACGUCCAUGGGGCCUGACUUUGCGCAUGUUGGAGAGGCACUCUUUUGCGACAUGGGUGCCAAGGUCCUCUAUGCGUUCUGCACAGAGGAUGGAGGGACGGACUGCUUUGACUUUGACACGCAGACCGUCUCCAGCGGAAAGGAGGAGAAACUCCCGGUCGGUACAGCAAGGGUCGCUGCUACUAGCAAGAAGCCCGGGAAAUACUCCAGCGUUCGUGACUGGCGCUCUAACGGCACCAAGGCUGAAGCAUAG